UCUUCACCUCGAAUCUUUCUAUAAACGGACUUUCUGCCUCCCCAACCGGCUCCGCCCCGGUUCAGCGCAUCCUAUCUUCCCUACCUAGUCGACUAGUGGAUUCGCUGGCCUCAAGCCGCCCAAGAGCUCCUGACCUCCAUCUUCACCUCUCCUUCCACUCCUGCUCGGUCAUCCGCGAUGGCAUCGGCGGUUUUCUUCCUAGAUCUGAAGGGCAAGACUCUUCUAGCCCGAAACUAUCGCGGAGACAUUCCAAUGUCCGCCGUCGAGAAAUUCCCCAUCCUCCUCAGUGACGCCGAAGAAGAAAGCUCCGCGGUACCUCCGUGCUUCUCGCACGAAGGAAUUAAUUACCUCUAUAUCCGUCACAGUAACCUCUAUAUCCUCGCCUUGACCAAGAAAAACACCAAUGCGACGGAAAUCCUGCUCUUUCUCCACAAGAUCGUCGAGGUUUUCACGGAGUACUUCAAGGUGCUGGAGGAGGAGAGUAUCCGGGACAACUUCGUCAUUAUUUACGAGUUGCUCGAUGAGAUGAUGGAUUUUGGAUACCCUCAAACAACAGAGAGCAAGAUCCUACAAGAGUACAUCACACAAGAAUCACACAAGCUGGAAGUUCAGGCCCGACCACCUAUCGCCGUCACAAAUGCAGUCUCUUGGCGAAGUGAAGGCAUCCGCUACCGCAAGAACGAAGUUUUCCUCGAUGUGGUUGAAUCUCUCAAUCUCCUCGUAUCCGCGACUGGAAACGUGCUACGGUCAGAGAUUCUGGGCGCUAUCAAGAUGAAGUGUUAUCUGAGCGGAAUGCCGGAGCUCCGUCUCGGCUUGAACGACAAGGUCAUGUUCGAGACAACCGGUCGGGCAUCGCGGGGUAAGGCCGUCGAGAUGGAGGAUGUGAAGUUUCAUCAAUGUGUCCGGCUGUCUCGGUUCGAGAAUGACCGCACAAUCAGCUUCAUCCCGCCGGAUGGAGAGUUCGAGCUAAUGAGCUACCGUCUGAACACACAAGUUAAGCCACUUAUCUGGGUUGAAUGUUUGGUAGAGUCGCACUCUGGUUCCCGAAUUGAGUACAUGUUGAAGGCCAAAGCCCAAUUCAAACGCCGCAGCACGGCCAACAACGUCGAAAUCCUUGUCCCCGUCCCGGACGAUGCUGACUCCCCUCGCUUCCGCACAAACAUCGGCACAGUCCACUACGCGCCUGAAAAGUCCGCCAUCGUUUGGAAGAUAAAGCAGUUCGGCGGCGGCAAGGAGUUUCUUAUGCGCGCAGAACUGGGCCUCCCCUCCGUCAAGGGCGACGACGAGCUUGGUGGCGGUAUGACCGGUGGCUUUGGCGGGAGUAUGGGCGGUACUAUGCAGGGGAAGGCAAAGAGGCCGAUUAAUGUCAAAUUUGAGAUUCCCUAUUUCACAACUAGUGGAAUUCAGGUGCGGUAUUUGAAGAUCACAGAGCCGAAGUUACAAUAUCCAUCUCUGCCUUGGGUCCGGUACAUCACGCAGUCGGGGGAUAUUGCUGUCCGAAUGCCGGAUGUACAAUGAUGUAAAACUUCCUUUUCUCUUUCCUUUAUUUUACCUUCUACCUACAUCACUUCACGCGUUAUACAUACAGUAGUUGAGCUGGAAUUGAAAUAGAUGGACCAUACCUUUUAA